CAACUUGCGUUCAAUUUUCAGUACAAUGCUCAAGCAGGCUAGUAGCGUCGUUAUGCAGGCCGCUUCUGCGGCGGCCUUCCCGUCGUCGGCCCGCGUGAUGGGAUACGCUACAAAAACUUUCGAAGCGACUCUCUUCCCUGGCGACGGCAUUGGCCCGGAAAUUGCGGCUGCAGUCAAGGAGAUUUUCAACGCGGCGAAAAUUCCCGUGGCUUGGGAUGAGCAGCAUAUCGGCAAGACACCUGACCCACGCACGAACUCGAUGGUCACGCGUGAGAACCUGGACUCCGUCCUGAAGCACAAAAUUGGGCUAAAGGGGCCGAUGGCGACCCCAAUCGGCAAGGGUUUCCGGUCACUGAACUUGACUCUCCGCAAGGAGCUGGAUCUUUACGCCAACGUGCGACCCUGCUUUAACAUUCCUGGCUACAAGACACGGUAUGAUGGCAUUAACCUUGUAACUGUGCGCGAGAACACUGAGGGCGAGUACUCGGGCCUGGAGCAUGAGGUGGUGCCUGGCGUCGUCGAGUCUUUGAAGGUCAUCACACGCAAAGCUAGCUCAAGAAUUGCGGAGUUUGCCUUUGCGUAUGCACGUGAGAACGGCCGUCAAAAGGUGUCGGCCGUGCACAAGGCUAACAUUAUGAAGAAGGCCGACGGCCUGUUCCUGGAAUGCUGUCGCGAGGCUGCAACGAAGUACCCUGACAUCAAGUACGAGGAGCUCAUUGUCGACAACGCCUGCAUGCAGCUCGUCAGCAACCCCACACAGUUCGACGUACUCGUCAUGCCGAACUUGUACGGCGACAUCAUCUCGGACCUAUGCGCGGGCCUUGUGGGCGGCCUGGGUCUAACGCCCUCAAUGAACAUCGGUCUCAAUGGGUUGGCGCUUGCGGAGGCGGUUCACGGCACGGCGCCCGACAUUGCGGGCAAGAACAAGGCCAACCCAACGGCUCUGUUGCUGUCCAGCUGCAUGAUGCUGCGCCACAUUGGCCGCAAGCAGGACGCGGACAAUAUCCAAAACGCCGUCAUUUCGGUCAUUGCCGAGGGCAAGUGGCGAACAGCGGACCUGGGCGGCAACGCCAACACCACGGACUUUACGAAGGCCAUCAUUGACAAGCUCGAAUGAGGCAUUGCCGGUACAGCUGUGGGCAAAAGGACGAAAGGGAGGGAAACGGGAUGAAGCUGUAUCAGCGAGCGUGUCAACCCGAGUUUGCCUUCGCCGCCCAGUCCAUCUGAAUAAUCGCCUAUUUAAGUCCCACACGGCCCGAAAGAGCGGGGGGAGCGUGCGAUGAACAUAGUGGUGCGGACAUAGGAUGUAUCGUAGAACGCCAAGUUAACGGAUCUGGAUUCUGGGUUUGGAUUCUAAUUCCCGGCACAGCUCCUGACUUGUCCGAAGGGUCCGGGCUACUGCAGGAAAUGUUUGCCUCUUGAUUUGGACGCAGUUUUUGCUGUCAAGGUAAAUUGUUCCUAAGCCCUCGCAAUUGCGUGAUUGAAUCGUUUGUCUGCUCAUGAUGGCACUUCGGAAAGGUGUGGUGCGUGUGUGAAUCACGUGCAACGUGCCAGAGUUAGACGCGUGACAACAAAGAUGGACAUGCCAUUCUUGCCAUCUCCUCAUCAAAGUCGGAGAAGUAACAUUGCGGUAAGGACGCUUGCGGGAUUGGAACGGUGUGAUGCCAUGUUUCGUGUCCUGGACUCUUGAGUUGUGGACUCUAUACCGUGUGGAGUAGUCUGGGGCCCCAGGGGCCUGGGCCCGGGUUCUUGAGGUGGGUUUGGCAUUGAGCUGUGGUUGAUCGACCCAUGACACCUUAUUGUAAGAAUCUUUAUGAGAGAGCCUUGGGAACGUGUUUCGGCCGCGGCUGAAAGGCUGUCCGAUCUUCCAUGUGCACGUGACUUGUGACGGAUCAUUCUAUGCACCGACAGAGCGCGGCUGAAUGCGGAUGCGCAUGCCUUCUGUGAUUGAGCUCAGCGGUCGCAAGUCCGUUGGUGUUGUGGCGUGAUGAAGGAGUGGAACGCGGCUGUGAGGUGGUGUGCGGUGUGCUGACGAAGAUGGGUGUACGGAAUACUCGUUGUUGUAGGAUGUGCGUCUGUGUAGUUUUGCCUAAAUCCGUGCCCUGUAGGAAGCAGUAGUUUCAAGCGCAGGAGAUUUGAAGCAGGGUUGAUAUUGCGAGACAAAGUUUUGAGACAUAUGGCAAUGGUUUCUAAU